CCGACAUCGAUAAAUGAUUUAAUAAAUACUUCGUAUGGCCCCGGCCCGUCCCGCAGUGGAUGGUCUUUGGGCGUUGUUUUGCUUUCCGUUGCGUGAACAGUGGUUCUGCCAGUCAUGUUCGCAUGGAAAAUGCCUGAGAACAUGCCAAACUUGGCCGAUCGUGUCCGAAAAUAUUUGAGGUGGAAUUGGCAUUCUUCGUCCCAGCAGAAUGAACCGGAUCAAAGUGACGAGCGCUCUACGCAGCCGUUGCCUACGGAAAAGUUGGAGAUGCCCGGGGAAGCCACACAUCCUUCUGGAACGCCCUCACCGACUUCUCCAGAAGGUCCACCUGGGUUGGAUUUGAAAAAUGGAUCGGGGUCAUUCAUUUCCACCCAAAAUUUCUCCUCUGCCAGCUGUUAUGUUGAAGUUAAGGAAUCCCUGUCCCAUCCCCAUGAGGGCUCACCCAAUAUCAAUUCCCCCUUGAAUCCGUCUGAAAAUGAAACUAGUAAGGGCGCCAAUGCUGGUAUUUCACUUCUGGGCAGAUCUAAAGACCCACAGGAACACCAGACUGUGCCAGACGGACCCGAUACUGCGCACAUUGCUAAGAUAUUGAGCGCCAACAAUAAAUUAUUAGCCCUGCAGAAUAAAGUUGCCCUUAAAAGAUCCGAGGUACAAGAGCGACGCACGGCACUAAGGUUCAAGAGGGAGGAAGAAGCCGAUAUCAGAGCGCAGUUUAUCAGACAUGUUACCGUGGCUCAAGGUACUCCAACAAGCAUUCAGUCAUUGCUUCAGAACAAUGAAGCUCUUCUUGACGCCACUGGUAUAUACUCGGACAUGGAAGCAGAAUAUAAUAAGGCUGAAAGCGAGCUGGAGCGGGAUGAGUACACGCUUACUACAGCUAUGGAAGAUUUUGCCCGUUUAUCGCAUGGUCAUCAUUCUCUUCCGACGCCCAAUGAGCCGCCCCUAAGUGAUCACGAUGGUUUGAGUGACGUGAGAUCAACUACCAGUUCAACUUCAGAGGAUCCUUCUGAUGUGGUGGACUAUAUAUCCUGUGUAACCGACGUCCGCAUGAUUCAAGAGCGAUUGAGUGAACUGGACAGGGAGUGGUUGUUUAUCCAGGAGAAGAAAGAGGAACGAGAGUCCUUGAAUAUCCCCAUGGACGAUGAGUCUAUGGAGUUUCUUCGCUCCUAUGAAGCAGAAAGGAGAGAGAUCUGCGACGAAUUAUUCCAUAUGCAACAGAAUAUGAAUCAGCUGCGGACAGUUUGCUUCGAAAAAGGACAUCUGACACAAGAGUGCAUCCGGGGCCGUGACUUCAUAUAUGAGCUUUAUCCAGCUGCUCCUCCCAACCAGCCGGAGGAUCCUCUGAAGGUCUCUGUAGAAGAGGAUAUGUCUCCUUUCGACCCUAUCGAGGAGAACGUCAGUCAGAAUAAAUUCGUCAACAAAUGGCUCCUUCACCGGCUUCGACAAUCAAGCGUUGAGAUUGGCCAACUCAAGUCCUUACCCGAGAUCAAAAGCCUAUGUGAUCAGGGUUACGAUGAGCAAAAGGUCAGUCAGUUGUCAUUGAACCAAUGGUUUGAGGACGAGGCCACUGUAUCUCCCCCGCCGCCACCAAUCACUAGUGAUAUGAGCGUUCAGGAGCCUGGAAGUGUUAGGGAUACAGUUUCCGGGAGCCAUUCGAUUUGAGGAGUUUCUUUGACACUGAACCGGCAGAAGAGCAUCUCGUAUGACACAGCCAUCCAGACGAACUUACUCCUUCGCUCCCUCCCAUCUUUCUUUUUCUUUCUUUGUGACUUUACAUUAUGUGGUUUGAUUUCUUAUUUGUCCCAGUUGACGUUUCUGACUCCGUUCCCGCCAUCUGAUCCUGGGUUCACUUCGAACCUGUUAUCAUCUCAGAUCGUUAUUCGCGCUGAUUUCGGGCUGUGUACACAUUGUACUAUAACUUGGUAGAUUGGGAUUGUUGGCGUUUGUUGAAUUACCGAUGGGAGUUUGCAUUUACUUGAAGUGCAUUCGGCCAUCUCUUUUCUAUUCUUUAAAUCCCUUUGGCAUUUGCAAGGUUAAACCCACCACAAUCAUUCUAUCUACUAUCAAAUUAUGAGUCAGGCAUCUAUUGUCCUUGAAGAUACUUCCAAG